CCCAUAUGUCAUUCCAAAUUCCGCCGAAAAGAAACAAAGGAACAAUAGCGAAAAACAUGAAAGCGAAAAGAAUCGCAACCCUCGAUUCAACCCCAUCAAAUCUGAAUGGGAAAAACGAAGCCAAAUUACCGAAAGUGCCCUCACGGCCCCCACUUUGGCCGCAAACGCUUUUCACCACGAAAUUGUAGUGGGCUAUUCAGUCCCGACGUUCAGUUGUAUCGCUUCCACCUCCGUUCCAUUCGAAUCUCCCGAACGUACCCGCGAACCAACGUGUUCCUCGACGCGAUCCGAUUGGUCCUUCGAGCCCGCUGAUUAGUUCAACAGUUGUCAACCAGGUGGCGCAUGCCCGAUCACCACGAAACCUCUCAUGGCGGCCUUAGAUUUCAGUUUGUGAUGAUACAGUGCCUGAAUAUAUAGAGUUUAUUUACGUGUUUUGAUGUCGAUUUUUUCGCCGUUUCGUCUGGUCAAGUUCGACGGUUCCGUGACGAGCUGAUGCUUUAUUCGACUGUUCGAUCCGUCAAAAAUGGUUUUACGUUAAAAUGUGCAGUGUUGUUACCAAAAUAACAUUGGGCCUUUGGAUAACUGGACGUAUUAUUGAAAGCUCCCACCAUGACCUCUAAAUCUUCAAAAUUACCAAUUAGAACGAAAAAAAGCACUAUCAACGAAAAAAAAAUUCCAAGGCCUUUAACGAGGCCUUCAUCAUAUUCUUAACAUGUCAGACUGUGAAGAUGUGAACAACUCUUCGAAAGUUGGUUGUUCUGUUAAUCAUUCAAAUGUGCCCAAUGAGGGCUCAAAAUUUUAUCUCACCUCACCCAGACCCCCUGUCCCUGGUGAAGAAAGGUCCCAAUGUGUCUCCGAUUGGGGGCAACCUCAAUACCAUAUGGACAACCCCAGAAAUUAUGACGGAGACAAGCGACCUCUUGCAAUACCUCCAAGAUCUGUUGCUCCCAGUGCUCCCCCCCAAUUGCCACCAAAGCCUAGUGUUUCUCAAACCACAAAGGUGAAAGCAGUUGCAGCAGGGGUCGCUACCUUGAAAGAUAAGGGGUCUCCUCCCACUCCUCCCUGUAUAAAAUGGGCUCAGUCCCUGCUAAAUCUUUUGAACGACUCGGAUGGAGUCGCUCAAUUUAUGGAAUAUUUGGAGAGCGAAGGCCCCCAUCAUGCGGCAGCAUUAAGGUUUUGGCUUGCCUGCGAAGGCGUCAGGAAGCAAGACCAGCAGGAUAAAGCACAGCAAUAUGCGCAGGCUAUUUUCAGCUUUUUUGUACAGUCUCCAUUAUUACCAAUCGAUGAAAAUCUACGUGCCCAAAUAUCGGCUGCUCUGAAUUCCAACGAACCUUUGGAUAUUCCUGUAACAAUUUUCGAUGAAGCCCAACUGCAGGUUGAAAACGAAAUCAACUCGACUACGUACCCAAAUUUUUUACAAUCGGAAAUUUACCUCCAGUGUCUCCAGGCUGCACAAACAACGCUUCCUGUACCUUACGAUGAUGAAGUUCUGGAGCCUAGCAACGAAUCCUGUACUUCAAGGGAGAUUGAUGAUUUGGAAAAUUUGGCUUGUGGUGUGGGAUCUCUGCCAACCCUUCAUGAAGACCUGGAGUUCAUUCCUAAACCACUCAUGUCCUACUCCCAGACACCUGGAACUACUGGAUGUCACACACCAAAUAUCAACCAACCUCUGAAACUAACCAAAGACCUAUUGCUCUUGUCGCAGCAGCACCGUGCGGCAGAAUUGAGGCCCCAAUCUGAGGCUUACGCUAGCUUGUUCCUGUACCGCAAUAUGGGGGCGCACGCAGCUUACAAUAGUUACAAUCCUGUGUCAAGGCAGGACAGUGAGAUGCAAUCGCUCAGCAGCCGUUCUGAUGUCAGGACCGAAUCUGAUAACAUGUCGAUGACCGACAGUUCUGUUGAUGGUCGAACGGUCAGUAGGACUGUAAGACGAAAAGCUGCUAUUGAAGCCAAGCGUGCCAAAGAAUCUGCAGCUGUCAAUAGAGAGACUCAUAUGCACCAGACAAUCAUCCCCAGGACCCAAAGGUUGGAUGCCAGGAACGCAGAACCCCCAAAGGAUCCUCAACAGUUUGCCAACAUCCUUAUCAAAAAAUUGGAGACCAUUAAUGAGAAAGAAGUGGAAUUAGAGCUUGAUAGAAGGUUCCGUCUUUUAGAGAAUGAUUCGGCUACAGUGCCAGAGGAUAAGCAUAGGAUCGAACCUCAGUCUAGAGCUUUGGCGAAUGUGCUGAAAGAAAAAUUGUUGUUGCUCCAGCCUGAAGACGAUGAUGAUCAAGAUAUCUUGGACCAACAUGUCUCAAGAGUAUUCUCAGAUCUUACACCGUCUAGAUCACCGGGCGUGGUCAGUCCAAGGCCCCAUUCUCCUCAUAGGAACAGGUAUCAAAUACCAAUCGGCCGACCGAAACGCAGAGACAAGGAUGGUUAUUCAACGUUCAGCGGUGAUUCGGGCAACGUUCACGACUUCCAGGAUGGAUCGGAACACCGUCUAUCCAUGGUGAAGUCCAAAUCGAUGCCAGAGUACGGCGAUGAUCGCUUCGUGAGGAGCUCUGCCAGUAGGAGAUCAGGUUCGAAGAAGACCCUGACCGACUUUACUGACAGCGGAGUCUCUGUAGUUUCUGAUACCCCACCUGUGGUUCCUGCUGUUGUACCUGCUCUAGCUAAGGACAAUAGGGUGUUGGCUUGGCUGAUGGAGGCCGAUAGGAGUACUAAGAGUCAGUCUGGAACUCACAGCGAACUGUCUUCCGGAAAACACAGUAGGCACCGAGCCAAAGGUUUCGUGGGAUCCAGGUCUAAUUCUUUGGAAAGAGGUGCAGGCGCAGAAGCACUAGGCCCUAUGCAACCUUUUACUGCCGAUCCGAACAUUCCAGUGCCCCCUCUUCCUAACACUAUCAAUCAGUUGGAGGAAGCUCGCAGAAGAUUAUUGGACGAUGACUUCAGAACGAGAUCGAGAGUGAGAUCUUCCAAUAAAUAUUAUCCCGAUAUGACUCAGAGUGGUCAGUCUACACUUCGUAAAUCUACAAGGGGUGUACGUCCAGUUGUACCAGGUACUGGUGCAGUAACACUUGAUGAAUAUACUACAGUUGUGUUUUCCUAUGCCGAUGAACAGUUCCCUUAUCGCAUAAAGAUUCCCGGCUCCCAAAUCACCUUCAGGCAGUUCAAAGAGUAUCUUCCAAAGAAAGGAAACUAUAGAUACUUUUUCAAGACUGUUUGCGAAGAGCUGGACAAUCAGGUGAUCCAAGAAGAAUUGAACAAAGAUUCUGACCUUUUACCUUUGUGCGAAGGCAAAGUAAUGGCUUUAGCGAAGCCGAUCGACUGAUUAAAACUUAACAUUCUGGAAAGAAUGCGUACUAUUUACAGAGGAAAGAGUCUUCUCGAAAUUUUAUUGUAUUUACUUAAAAUGGCGGUUUUUUUACCAGAUUGUCUGGAUUUUAUUUAUUUAAUUGUAGACGCGUUUUAUGACUUGAAAUUUGAGAUAUAAUGAAAAAUAUAUUUACUCGACUGCACAACAAUGAAAAGAAUCAUGGGAUUCAGUGUGAAUUCCUUAAUUUUUGUUUAUUUAUUGCACAGUUAUUGGGUUUUUGAAAUACGAAAAAAAAUUUCACUGCCAGUAGUUAUUGUGAAGGGUGGAUAUCUCCUUAGUUUUGUAAGAACUAAAUCAAAAAAUAUAUAAUUUAUUUAUUGCUUUUAAGAAUGUCAUAAUUUUAAAAUUAUAAUUUUGCUUAAAAAUUUUCUGUUUUAACUUAGAUAAAAAUUUUUAAAACGAUUUUUAGAUAUAUAUAAUCAAAUGAAUUAGGUGCGUAAGGAAGUGCCUUUUUGAUGUUCUUCAGCUAUUUCAAAAUGCAGAUGAAAUAUCGAAAUAUUCAUCUGGAUUUUUUGAUUCCCCUUAGAUUUUGAAACAGAUCGGUAUUUUUGGUAAGGAAUAAUUAGUUAGAUGUUUUUAUAAAGCGAAAAUUUUUGGCAGCUUAUCAUUCAUAGUGUAGAGUUUUAUUUCGAUAGAAUAGUUUUCAUAUACCUCAUUUUUUUUUUAUUUAUGUAACAUUUGUAAGAGAACAUUACGAAACUGCAAUUCUUCAAAUAAAAAUCAGAUACUCAUAAGGAUCGUUUUCUAUUUAUAACUGAUAAAGUUAUAAAAUACAGUUCUGGUUUUAGGGAACAAAAUGUACAAACCUGCGUUUUCAGAAUGUCGAUCAACUAAUUUUGUAUUAUAGUAAGUUAUGAAUCUGUAGAUAGCCUAUUUUGAAUACUUAUUUUUAUAAAGUAUUUUAUUUCAUAAAUUGACAGUAUUUUAAAGUAUAAGAGGAUUUCGAAGUUAUUUGACGAUCGUCCAAAUUGAAAAUUAGUAGUGCCAUAUUUGUAGUUUUCAGUUUAUAAUUUAUUGUUAAUGGCAGGCUUAUUUCGAUCCGACAAAAACGUUCAAGAAAAGAUAUGAACAUUUUUAUUUGUAAAUAUUAACACUGUACACAAAAAACUCACUGUCUCUUAUGUUGUUGAAGAAUAAAUUAGUAUUUUCUAUU